GGUUGGAAAAAAUCGAGUUUAAUUUUAAGACGUGUGUAUUUUAAGGGGUUAGAACAAAAUCAAGUUUUAUAUGGGAAGACUUGAUACAAUACAGUUUAAUUAUGUUGCUGAUUAUCAGUUUUUCGUAAUGAGGAUUAUUACUUCACUGAAAGUUUUUUGGAUACACUAAUUUAACAGGAAAUACAAGACAAAAAGCACUGGGACUGGUUAUAGCAGACAGGGGCUGGUUAUAGCAGACAGGGACUGGUUAUAGCAGACAGGGACGAUGGUAUGGAGGGCCAUAAAACGCCACCGGAAGCUACUGCUGGUGACGGGGCUGGCGUUCACCGUUCUCAUUUCGUUAAAGAUAUCUCUUACCUCAGACAUGAUUGCUUCAACAUUUCAAAAUACAGGCGAUAUUGAUGGAUAUUUCCGCCAACUCCUGCAAGCGGAUAUGACGUGGAAUAAUUCCGGAAGUGUGCAAUUACAGAUUCCGGAAAUAAUGGUGGAACUGAAUGUUACCAAAAAGACAACCCAAAAGCCAAAACCUCUUGUGAAGAAAACCGACGGGUACAACCUCGCUUCCAGAGUUAGAGCCAAGUGCUCGGCGCCAUCAGGCCGGUUUGCAGUACACAAGCCGAAGUUGGGAACGUACCAGAGCGGAAAGACCGAACUCUGUAUCAUCUGGAAGGUUGGAACCACCUUCGUAAAACGUCUGUUUAUGAUGAAGACAUUGCCAAAGUACCAAGAUUUGAUAAAUCCGUAUGAUAUUAGCUUUGAACAGGAUUUGCCAGGAAAGAGGUCACCUAUCGCCGCGACUACGCGGUUUAUGUUUGUACGGGAUCCGUACCAGCGGCUAGUGUCAGCAUACGUAGAUAAAUUGGUAGCGCCAAAUCCCGUAUACUGGAAAAUAAUAUCUGUGAACGCUAUCCGCCAAUUAAGAAAAAAUGCCACUCGACUAAGUCAGCAAUGCGGUCACGACCUUACGUUCCGCGAGUUUAUACAAUACGUCAUAUUGACGUUAGAUCCAAGAGUUUUGCGGAAACCAGCUAGGCCGGACGGUCAUUUUCUAAUCCAGACGGAUAUUUGUGGACCGUGUAGAGUUAAAUACGACUUCGUAGGAAAAAUGGAAACCUUUGGCCUUGAUUCUAUUGAGUUAGUUCGAAAAAUGCAGAUUUCAAACAAAACCAUUGACCUACUGCAGCAGAACGGCAGCGUUUUAGCUUCCGAUGACGCAAUACGAGAUUCUUGCCACCAGCCGUUUCACGCUGGGUUUAAAAAAGCUUAUAUAAACUGUAUUAGCUUCUAUGAAGCUUUAAAACGUGCCUGGUUGAAAAUGCAGAUGAGGGGUCUGAUUGGCCCAGAAGAAAUGCCCUUGACAGAGGCACAAUCAACGACCUUGACCUUAGAACAGUUUUAUCAAAUGGCCUUGAAAUCCAGGGAUGCGUGCCCUUCAUCCGAGAGGAAGAAACUUCAGCACGAACACUUUCUUAAGUCUUACUCAACUAUUACCCCACAGGAGUUGGAGAAAAUUCGUCUUAUUUAUGCUCAAGAUUUUAAACUAUUUGAAUACGACGAUCGACCUUCAGAAUUAUUUAAUUCGUGA